UGACCGCUGUUGCAGCAGAUAAGAAAUGACACAUAACGUUUAUGGCUUUCAUGAUAUCUGCUGACAACUCUGACUCACCGACAACAGCGAGUGGCAUUGACAUCACAGGGAUAUGUGUGUCCACGGCUGACUUUUUCCCGUCACUAUGAGUUCUGCCUCCAAGGUGAUUCUCUGCCAGAUACCGAGAGGGCCAAGGGCGCCUAGCUUCUCCCCAUUUGCUCUCAAGCUGGAGACCUUUCUCCGAAUGGCCAAAAUAGAAUACCAGAACAAUUGCAGUUGGGAGCGGUCGUCAAAAGGCAGGAUUCCCUGGAUGAAAUACGACGGAGAGGCCGUGGCCGACUCGCAGUUCUGUGUGGAGUAUCUGAACCGGAAGUUGAACAUUGACCUCAACAGUCACCUGACCGAUGAGCAAAGGGCUAUUGCUCAUGCCCUUCGGAAGAUGGCGGAAGAAAACCUUUUCUGGUGUAUGGGCCUGUGCAGAGCUGAGAAUUUGGACUACGUGAAAAAACAUUUCGACUUGAACAGAAUAGUAAUCUGGCUUGGAACACGAGUUUUCCGGAGUAAUACGAAAGCCCACGGAAUCGGCCGACACACUCAUGAGGAAGUGCUGCACAUCAUGGAGGAAGAUUUAAGAUCAUUGUCAGUCUAUCUAGGGACAAAGAAGUUCUUUUUCGGCGAUCAACCAUGCGAGACGGACGCUGCUUUGUUUGGACAGUUGUGUCAGAUUUGCUGGCAGUGUCCAGGAACCAAAGGGGAACAACUCGUGAACGAAAAAUUCCAAAAUUUGGUGGAGUAUUGUGAACGAAUGAAGACGACAUUUUGGCCCGACUGGGAGGACUGCAUCACGGCGGACGGAACUAAAACUGCAACAAAAUAAAAUCCGACUUUUGUGUAUGAUCAUUAUGAACGUCAAAGGUAAAACCGACGUUUGAUGAUGGUCCAUUUUGACAUGAAGAUGUACUUUAUGCAAUGUGUAGAUAGUGUCUCAAUAAAGACAUGUCAAGAUAGAAAGUCAAACUAA